AUGUCUGACGUUGCAUUUCCUCUUGCCUUGCCAUCGGCCGACAACCAUCAAAUGACCCUUCAUCGUGAAGGUCCAUUGUUCGUUUUACAGUUGCACCACAAGGACAAUCGUUUCACGACCGAAUUCUGCAAGUCCAUUUUGCAAGCCCUUCAAACCGUCGAGGAUAUUUUCAUUGCUUCUGAAGAACCUGUUGACAUGGCCCUUGUCACUCUUGGUGAAGGCAAGAUUUUUAGCAACGGGUUAGAUCUCAUGCACGCCGUCAGCUACAGUCCUUUUAUGGAUACGUACUUGUUGCUUUUGCGACGUAUGGUGACGUUCUGUAUUCCUACGAUCGCUGCCCUUAACGGUCACGCAUUUGCUGGCGGAUGCAUGCUCGCGUUGGCUCACGAUUAUCGCGUCAUGCGCUCCGACCGUGGUUAUAUGUGCAUGAAUGAAGUGGAUCUGCCUUCUCCUUUGGCACCUGGCAUGGCUGGUCUGCUCCGCUGCAAAAUGGCCCCACAUACUUUCCGCAACAUGGUCUUACAGGGCCACCGUUUCUCUGCCCAACAAGCACUGGAUGAAAAGCUUGUGGACGUCAUUUGCCCUGGCGACCAGGUUCUGGGCAAGGCUAAGGAACUUGCAUUGCAGUGGGCUCCCAAGGCCAAGUCGGGCAUUGUCUACAAACAACUCAAAGAAGAGGUACUAGAUUCUCGUUAA